UUGUGUACCAGGGCAUGAACAUGACCGUCUGUUACCCCAGUGUGGGGCAAGACGGCAUCCAGAACGAAGGCAACGCUGUGGCUAUAAUUGGAGCUGCCAUCAUGUACUGCUGUGUGCUCUUUGCAUGCAACGAGGCGUCCUACCUGGCUGAGGUGUUCGGCCCGUUUUGGAUGAUCAAAGUUUAUCGCUACGAGUUCCAGAAAGCCACCUGCUGCUUCUGCUGCCCCGAGGAGGAGGAAGUUGAAGAGGAUUUUGUGAUCGACGACGAGAACAAAGGCUGUCAGAAGGUCAUCCACAACGAGUACCAGCGAGUGGCUUACAGCUACUUCUUCUUCCACUUUGUCUUCUUCUUGGCUUCGCUGUACGUCAUGAUGACGCUCACCAACUGGUUCAGCUACGAGUCGGCGGUUCUGGAGACCACCUUCACCCACGGCAGCUGGUCGACCUUCUGGGUGAAGAUGUCGUCCUGCUGGGCCUGCGUGAUGCUCUACCUCUGGCUGCUGCUCGGCCCUCUGUUCAGCUGUCAGUCCGAGUCCAGGCCUCGGCGCUCGCGGAUCAAACGCCGCUCGGCGUCGUCCCGCCACGUCACCGUCAGCGUCUGA